CUUCUACUCUUCUUAAUGUUACAUCCGUUAAACUUUCAAAUUUGUGUGUGAGCGUACGUUGUUCAAGGAAGGUUUUCCAAAAUAUAUAGUAGCAUUUUAUAGUGCUUAGUGGUGAAUUGCCUCAGGAAUUUGUGACAUUUUUAAGUAAAUCAAAAUGUCUCAUAAGAUGUAUUAUUCGGAUAAAUACUACGAUGAUAAAUAUGAAUAUAGACAUGUAGUAUUGCCAAAAGAAAUGGUUAAAUCAGUUCCAACUACUCAUCUCCUCUCCGAACAGGAAUGGAGAGCUAUGGGUGUCCAACAGAGUCAAGGUUGGGUUCAUUACAUGAUUCAUAAGCCAGAACCGCAUAUUUUACUCUUUAAAAGAAAAAUAACAUCUCCACCACCAGAGAAUUAAUUAUAUUGACUCCAUUGUAACAAUUUGUAAAUACUGUUUCAGAUCAUUGUUAAUAUUCAUGAAACAAUUCAACUAUAAAACAAACUCUCAUUAACUGCUAAAAUCAAUAUUGAUAUGAUGGUCAAAUUCACAUAUAUUCAUAUUUAAAAAUUUACUGUUUUUAAGAAAAAAGUAAUUUUG